AUGCAAGCUUCGGGACCUGGUUUUGUACAGUCUCAGAGGGUAGUUCAACCACCUAGGGGUCGUGGACCGGUUAGGGGUGGUAAUGGUAUAGGCCGAGGACAGAGAGCACCGGACAGAAGUGCUAGUCAAAAUGAGGCGAGACAGUCUACAUUGGUUUAUGCUGCUCAACAUCGAGAGGACAGAGAUGCUCCUAAUAUUAUCACGGUUACGUUCUUUAUUUCUUAUGUCCCGUAUAAUACUCUGAUAGACAUAGGUUCUACACAUUUCUAUGUAGCUAGUACUAUUUCUGAAAACUUGGGGUUUUCUAUGGAGUGUACUUCUAGUGAGAUUACUAUAAUGAGUCCUUUGGGGCAAUCUGUUCUGGUUAAUAGACUUUAUAGGAAUGUCCCGUUAGAAGUGCAAAGGGUUGUAUUUCUGGAAAAUCUGAUAGAGCUUUCGUUUGAAGAGUUCGACUUAAUCUUGGGUAUGGACAGGUUGGUUGAGCACCGAGUUAGCUUGGAUUGCGCGAUUAAGAGGGUUGUUCCGAGGACCAUAGAUGAUAAGGAAAUAGUUGUGAUCGGAGAGUGUCGAGAUUAUCUGUCCAAUGUGAUCUCCACUCUUGUGGCUGAGAAAUUGGGUUUACCUCUGAGUCGAGAAGUUGAGUUCGACAUUGAGCUUCUAUCGGGUACAGCUUCGGUGUCCAUCACUCCAUACCGUAUGGCACCGAAGGAACUUACAGAGCUUAAGGAUCAAUUUCAAGAGCUUCUGGGUCAUGGUUUCAGCCGUCCCAAUCUUCGUUCUGGGUAUCAUCAACUUAGAGUUAAGGAAGGGGAUGUUCAUAAGAUGGCAUUUAGGACUCGUGAUGGGCAUUACGAGUUCCUAGUUAUGUCAUUUGGUCUGACGAAUGCUCUGGCUAUAUUCAUGAAUUUGAUGGAUCAAGUCUUUCAGCCGUAUCUGGAUCAGUUCAUCGUAGACUUUCUCAACGAUAUUCUAGUUUACUCUAAGACCGAGGAUGAGCAUGAUGAGCAUAUUAGAUUUUUUGGCUCUUACGGGAUUAAGGCUGCGAUUAAGGGGUUUUCUCUGGUUGAAGCUCCUUUAACUAAGCUUCUGCGUAAGGGUGAUCCUUUUGUUUGGACUGAUGUGCAACAAUCGAGCUUCGAGAAGCUCAAAUUUGUUCUGACUCAGGCUCCAAUUCUGAUACAGCCUAAAUCUAGUAAAGAGUUUAUGGUAUACAGUGCUGCGUCGCACGUCGAUUUGGGUUGUGUACUGAUGCAAAAUGGUAAGGUUGUGGCUUAUGCGUCCCGUCAGCUUAAGUCACACGAAGGAAAGUAUCUAAUGCAUGAUCUCGAGUUAGCUGCUAUGGUUUUUGCGUUAAAGAUCUGGAGGCAUUAUUUGUAUGAAUAUCAUCCUGGAAAGGCCAAUGUGGUGGCCAAUACUCUCAAUCGAAGAGCGAUGAUUGAUAUGAGAGCGAUGUUUGCUCGUCUUAGUAUGUUCAAGGAUAGAGGUCUGUUUGCCUAG